GCUGGGACUCCGGCGCGGCGAGCAGUGUGCCCGCGCAGCACAGGCUCGUCUCCAUCUUUGACUCCUCGUCUCCGUUGUCUUCAAUAGAUUUAAAGGAAAAACAUUUUUUUGUUUGUUGCUUUUCUUGGAAAAAAGUAUCGCACCAUGUUGUCGGUCGGUUCCUCCGGUCUGCUCUUGAAGACGCUCCUGUCCGUGCACGCGGUUCUCGUGAGCGCGGCCAUGGUGGAGAGCAGCGCGGCGAAUGGACACGAAAAAGGCUGCACGCGCGCAAACGGUGUGCAGUACAGAGGGGAGGUGCACAGCUCCUCCUCGGGUCUGACCUGUCUCAACUGGGCCAACACCAGCAGAGACUACGACGAUGGAGUCCAGCCUGAUUCACAGACGGGUGUGGGAGAUCACAAUUACUGCCGAAACCCCGACUCCUCUGAGGGGCCGUGGUGCUACAUUGCCGGCCCAGACGGGACGGUCCAGAGGCAGUUCUGUGCGGUCGACGCAUGCAAAGAACGAGCCCCGGAAGAGGCAGAGUCCUCCAAGCCAACAGAAACCAUUCCCCCGACUGAGAGCUUAGAACCGGCCGGGACGGAGGCCUCUCAGGGGGAAGUGGCUGCUGUGCAGCCAGUGAUGGGAAUCAGCCAACGCGUGCGCACAGGACCCAGGAAGAAGAAGGACCUCGGCAUGCUCGGCUACGUCAUCGGCAUUCUCAUGAUGGCGAUCAUAGUCAUCCUCGGAGUGGGCAUCACAUUCGGCUACUUCUAUAAGAGGGCUCAGGACCUAAAGAAGCAGCACGAGCAGCGAGUGUACGAGCGCGAGAUGCAGCGGAUCACGCUGCCCCUGUCGGCUUUCUCCAACCCCACCUGCGAGCUGGUGGACGAGAACACCAUCGUGAUCACGGCGGAGCCCGAGACGACCCCCGUCCAGGACGACUCAGAGGGCGGGGACCCUCUGAUGGGCCAGCAAGCCGGUACCCCCGGAGCAUGAGCGGGCCUGUAGUCCUCAGACGCGGGACCGCGAUACACUUUUGUAAACCAAAGCGUUUCUUCGUUUUCUCCCCUCGAGCCUCCCUGAGUAACCUCUGAUUUGAAAGGAGCAGGGGAGCAGUGUUUGCUCCAAAGACUGAGUGCUGUCCUUUGUAUCUCCUUUCUAUUGGUUUUUGAAUACAGAGGCCCAAACUAAAAAAAACACAGAGGAAACAGUCCAAGCAUCUUGAAACCCUCCCGGCGGAUCUGUUCUCAAUGAAGAUAUGGCAUGAGGUCUUUCGUUUUCACGUUUGCUACAUUUGAUAGCCAAGAAAAUACGGUCAUGCCCCGUAAAAGGAACCGUCUGAACAUCUCAUCUUAUGGACUUGCUAGUGUUUGUAUUAGCGUGCGAUGAAACCAGUUCGUUUGGAAUGGCGGCUCAUGGCCUUUUUAUUUUAGAUGUCCAUGUGGAGACGGUGUCCUCCACCGGAGGUUUCAUUUUUAUUCACCUGUUGAUUGGGCCGAAGGAGACGCAGAGAAGAAACUUUUAUGUAAAAAAGAAUGCUUUGUCUAGGUGAGACACGGGAGUCCAGAAAUAUCCUCCUCCUGGGACAGGAUGAGGGAAAAUUAGGUAAAACUGGCCCACUAAGAACAAGAGAAGGCCUCCAACUCGGCCUCAGCAUAAUGCUCCUGAAUGUAUUUCUUCCUUUUUAACCCAGAUGGAUUUAUUGUCCCCUUUAUACCCAACAAAACAUGACGGGCGGUCACGUCAUCGGCGGAUGGGAGAGCGGACCUGCCCUUUGCUUCCACGGGUUAAGGAGUGACAGGGAGUGUUCCUGAGAGACAGGUGGUCCUCAGGACGAGUCAGAGAGGUGUCUUUGCAGAGCGCGUUAGGAUGAGGAGGCCGGGUGUUUACAUUCUGACAUUUGAGUUGCGCAUGGGACGCUUUAGGAGAGAGAGAGAUGGAGUAGAAUAGAAACAUCACGAACGCUUUGCUGUUCCUUUUAAACACGCCAGUGCAUGCACAUGCAUACCUGCUGUAUGCUUGUCUUCAGAGGCCAUAUCUUUGCAUCUUUAAAAGUGGAACUACUGAUUGAAUUACAUAUUUUAGAAUAUACCUUCAUGGAAAUAUAAUCAUGCACGAUUUAGUUGCACGUGACGUGCCGUUACUUCCCAGUGUAUUGCAAGUUUGUUUGUUACAACUCUGUCACUCCACAUGAUCUUGUUUUGUGAUUAAUGCUGGAUCCACUGCUGCUCCAUUAUUUCAUGUGUUUGUCCCAAUUGUAUUAUUUUUUCUUCAUAUAUGCAACAUGUUCAAAUGACUGUUCAGUAUUUGAAAUGAGUACUUGUAUAAAUGCAGAUUUUCACUGCUGGUAUUGAAAUAAAACAUCAAGCACAGACACCUCAA